GAAGGCUGAAGGCUGAAGCGCUACAGCGGGAUCUUGACAGCUGGCAGACCAGGGAGGGUUUGGAAUCUUGGGAGAAUCUUGUCUCAAAACUCGACAGCUAAAAUGAAGAUCUACAUACCUAGUACAGAGCGUUGGCAGCAGGAUCGAAAGGUGCAGGGUUUCGGGUUCAUCCUGUGGGGCGAUCCAGCUGCUACCCAGCUGGUACUUCUUCGUUGCGAGGACUUCUUAAUCUGCUCUGAUUGGCUUGCUGGAUACUUCUGGAGGCAGCCAAAGUUUACUGUAGGUGAAGCGGGAUGCAAUCACGUUGUGGGACAAAAGGUUUCCUUGUGAUGCCUCCAUGACGGGAGAGAAUUUCUGGCGCCAAAUUAGACUUUCACUGGGAACAUUCUUGUAAGUCUCUGAUGAAGUAAGUAGAGAAGCCUCCGCGUUUCCAUACAGGUGGAUCUCAUAGAUUAUCUAGCAAGGUUGCAAGGAUGCUCUCAAAUAUAGCCAAAGGGGUUUCCUCGCCCAUUGGACAAUUGCAAGCUUUAGGCUCCUGUGCUGGGACUGUUGCGGGAUUCCAAAGCAAGUACUUCCUUGCUGUUAGAGAGCUGUGUUUGCUAGCACAGCUUCAUAUCGGUCAGAAUUCAAUCACACGUCCAGCAAGCAGCAACCCCCAUAGAGAUCCAAACCCUUCAGCAGCCCCAACAACAGCCUCUUCUAGCAUCAAGGCCACCUUUGCGAAGAGUCCUGUAGCAUUUGCUCAGCUUUGCACACAUUGGAAGCACCCAAACCUCCUCUCCGAUCCCCAGCUGAGGCGCCAUUAUUCGGGAGGGUCAUUCCCAGCUGAGCUUCUCGCCUCAGCUGGCCCUUUGUCGGGGUACCGAAGCGUUGACUCUGCUAGCUCUCAGUCCUCUCCCAAGGCACUCGCGUCGAGCAUUCCUAUCCUUCAAACCGCGCCGGGUAUCGAGCAUUUCACCAAUCUCAAGUCCCAGCGUCGGUGGAUGUCUCCACUGGCUGGAUCUGUUACAAUGUACCCAGAGAUAGAGGAGGCCCCCCAUUCAAGCGUGGCGGUCCCGCAUCCCUUUCCACACAGUCACAGCACAAUCCAGGCAGGCAGGCAGCGGCAUGAGGAGUGGCCGUCUGCAGACUAUCUUCGCGAAGCGCGGGCGGCUAUCUUCCAGAAGGAAGCAUUUAUCAUUGAUAUGGACGGUGUCGUCUACCGGGGCUCUCGACUUCUGCCUGGAGUGCGAGAGUUCGUCCAGUGGCUGUUGGACGAAAACAAGCGCUUCCUGUUCCUGACCAACUCGAGCGACAAGACGCGUGAGGAGCUGCAGCAGAAGCUCGCCCGGAUGGGCGUCGACGUCGAGACGGAGCACUUUUACACCGCCGCCCUGGCAACAGCCGCGUUCCUCUCCUCGCAACGGCCAAACGGAAGCGCUUACGUCAUUGGGGACCCUGGAGUGAUGAGCGCCCUGUAUAGCGUGGGCUACUCGAUGAACGAUGUGAACCCGGACUACGUGGUGGUGGGCGAGACGCGGAACUACAAUUACGAGCGGUUGGAACACGCGGUCCACCUGGUUCUGAACGGGUCCAAGCUGAUCGGCACCAACUGCGAUAAGACGGACCCCAGCCCGGACCACCCGGGGGAGGUCAUACCCGCGGCGGGGUCCAUCAUCAAACCCAUCGAAAGCGCGACGGGGCUGCAAGCGUACUUCGUCGGAAAGCCGAACCCGCUCAUGAUGCGGAGCGCUCUGGCGACCCUGGGGGCCAGCCGGCGGUCUACCAUCAUCAUCGGAGACAGAAUGGACACCGAUAUCCUGGGGGGUCUCGAGGCCAGUAUAGACUCCGCUCUCGUGCUGAGCGGAGUGACGUCCGUGCCAGAGAUGCGGCGGUUUGCGUACAUGCCUCGGUUUGUCCUUCGGGGGCUCGUCGACCUUGUUCCGGACGGUGUGCCGAUGUCCGCAGUGGAUCACGAAUGAUUGUGCCAGGUCUUAGAGCGACUCGGCUUAUAUCGAGCGCGUGCAGAUUUGCUGGAGUGACUCAAUUGCGCACUUGACUGCUUCAAGUGGCGGUCUGCGUUGCAUGGGUGCUUUCAUGUUGCAAGAUGGCAAAAGCAUGCUCGAUGAGUUUACACCAUCACCAAGGGGAUGGACUGCCUUGCAUCAGAGACUUUGGAAAUGCGACCACAACAUACGGCUCG